AUGACGACAACGUUUCUUUCCGGGGCUGCCUUUGGUGCAGCUAUGAUGGCGGCUUCCUUUCACAACCCUGCCAUAGUCAUCGCUCAGAUGAAGUUUGAAAAUUGGCACAUGAUGCAGGCGUUUCUCGCCGCAACUGCAAGCAGCGCAGCCAUGUAUGCCGUUGCAGAUCGCCUCGACUACGUCAAAUUGAAGCCCAGAAGUUCGUCUCCGUUAGCUCUCUUCUCCAAAUAUGACGGCAACAUCAUCGGUGGCGCGCUCCUCGGUACCGGCAUGGCGUUGUCAGGGUCCUGCCCGGGAACGCUGUACGCUCAACUGGCUGCUGGCGUACAUACCGGCUUUCAUGCCCUCAACGGAGCCAUACUUGGCGGACUCUUGUGGACGGGACUCCUGUCCAAGGUCGUCAAGCAAAGGAAAGAAAAAGCAAAGGCCGACCCCAUUACAGUGACUGCCAACGAUCAACUUGGGUUGAGCAGAGGCGUCACAUUGCUUCUCUUCGAGGCUGUGUGCCUUUCGGUCCUCGCAGUGACGACAUUCUACACCCCCAAAUUCCCCGGGGCCAAGAUGGUCGGUACGGCAGGCGGCUUCCUUAUCGGCCUCUCACAGCUCUUCUCCCUCGCCACGAGGAGAUCCAUGAUAGGCAUCUCCACCGUCUAUGAAGAGGUUGGAAACUAUUUCUGGUGGUUGACCAAAGGCGCAGAGCCCAGUGCAAAGCCCACCUCCUACAACAGCAUUCUCUUCGCCGGCGGGGUCACGGCCGGAGCCUGGGGGCUGCUCCAGGCCGUGCCUUCGCUGGCAAGUACGCCUGUCUUUGAGGCGCCUCCACUGCUGGCGAUGGUAGGGGGUGCGCUCAUGGCCAUAGGAGCGCGGAUGGCCGGCGGCUGUACUUCUGGACACGGCAUUAGCGGCAUAUCACUGCUGUCGUUGUCCAGUAUGAUUACGAUCGCAAGCACGUUUGCUGCAGGAGCUGUUGUUGCGCCUUUGGUGUAUUGA